GCCCAGCGCCGAGACUCGGGCCGAGGCGGAGCCUCCGCCGCGCCGGGGCCCAUUCGCAGCCGCGCCGCCCUAGCCCUCGCCCCGUCCUCCGCGGCGCGGGAGAACAGCUGGCCGUCCCGGGCCAGAGGAGCCAUUCGCCAUGGCCACCAAGGCUCGGGUUAUGUAUGAUUUUGCUGCUGAACCUGGAAAUAAUGAAUUGACGGUCAGUGAAGGAGAAAUUAUCACAAUUACAAAUCCGGAUGUUGGUGGAGGAUGGCUGGAAGGAAGAAACAGCAAAGGAGGACGAGGGCUUGUUCCCACCGACUAUGUGGAAAUUUUACCCAACGAUGGAAAAGAUCAGUUUUCUUGUGGAAAUUCAGUGGCUGACCAAGCUUUCCUUGAUUCCCUUUCAGCAAGUACAGCUCAAACCAAUUCAUCAGCUGCCAACAGCAACAACCAGGUGGAUAUUUUGGCUCAGAUUGGUUGUAUUGAAAGUCUCAGCCAAUCACCACCCUCUUCCUCUUCUCCUUCUCCUUCUUCUUCUAUAAAUAAGGUCAGUGGUGGCAAUGAUCCCUGGUUAGCCUGGAAUGCCCCAAAAUCUGGGAACUGGGAGAGCUCAGAUGGCUGGGGAGCCCGCCAAGAGGGGGCUAGCACCCAGAGAAGCACUGCCAACAACUGGGACACUGCCUUCGGACACCCGCAGGCCUACCAAGGACCAGCAGCUGGUGAUGAUGAUGAGUGGGAUGAAGACUGGGAUGACCCCAAGUCCUCUUCUUCUUACUUUAAGGAUCCAGAAUCAGCUGAAACAGGAGGUAUUCAGCGAGGAAACAGUCGUCCAGGUGCCUCCUCCAUGAAGCUGCCACUUAACAAAUUUCCUGGAUUUGCAAAACCUGGAAUGGAACAGUAUUUGUUGGCCAAGCAGCUAGCAAAGCCCAAAGAGAAAAUUCCCAUCAUUGUUGGAGAUUAUGGCCCAAUGUGGGUUUAUCCUGCCUCAACAUUUGACUGUGUGGUAGCAGAUCCCAGGAAAGGCUCCAAAAUGUAUGGCCUGAAGAGCUACAUUGAGUACCAAUUAACACCUACUAACACUAAUCGAUCUGUAAACCACAGAUAUAAGCAUUUUGACUGGUUGUAUGAGCGCCUCCUAGUUAAGUUUGGGUCAGCCAUUCCAAUCCCUUCUCUUCCAGACAAGCAAGUCACAGGGCGCUUUGAAGAGGAAUUUAUCAAAAUGCGCAUGGAGAGACUUCAAGCCUGGAUGACCAGGAUGUGUCGGCACCCAGUCAUCUCAGAAAGCGAGGUCUUCCAGCAAUUCCUGAACUUCCGAGACGAGAAGGAAUGGAAAACUGGAAAGCGGAAGGCUGAGAAAGAUGAGCUGGUGGGAGUUAUGAUAUUUUCCACCAUGGAACCAGAGGCACCUGACUUGGACUUAAUAGAAAUAGAACAGAAGUGCGAGGCUGUGGGGAAGUUCACCAAGGCCAUGGAUGAUGGUGUGAAGGAGCUGCUGACUGUGGGGCAGGAGCACUGGAAACGCUGCACAGGGCCAUUGCCUAAGGAAUAUCAAAAAAUAGGAAAGGCCUUGCAGAGCUUAGCAACAGUGUUUAGUUCUAGCGGUUAUCAAGGUGAAACAGAUCUCAAUGAUGCAAUAACAGAAGCUGGAAAAACUUACGAGGAAAUUGCCAGUCUCGUGGCAGAACAGCCAAAGAAAGAUCUCCAUUUCCUGAUGGAAUGUAACCAUGAGUAUAAAGGCUUUCUCGGCUGCUUCCCGGAUAUCAUUGGGGCUCACAAGGGAGCAAUAGAAAAAGUGAAAGAAAGUGAUAAGCUAGUUGCAACUAGUAAAAUCACUCCACAAGACAAACAGACUAUGGUGAAAAGAGUCGGCACCAUGUCUUAUGCUUUGCAAGCUGAGAUGAAUCACUUUCAUAGUAACCGGAUCUAUGACUACAACAGCGUCAUCCGUCUGUAUCUGGAGCAGCAAGUGCAAUUUUACGAAACGAUUGCAGAAAAGCUGAGGCAGGCCCUCAGCCGCUUUCCAGUUAUGUAGAAAGAAUGGAACAUGAAGAAAUCUCCGAAGUGUUUCUUUCUGACUUGGGGCAAUGCGAUUCAAACUGUAUUUUUUCAUAUCAUUAAAAAAAAAAAACCCAAAAAUGUAUUGAAAAAACUGUUUUCUUUACAAACAGCCAAAACGCAUUGGCCAAUUGGUUAUUUAGGGACGGUAUAAUGUUCAUUUCCUACUCAUUAUUUAACCAAUGGAAAUUGUCUAUAUUUUUGGAAAGUACUUAAAUUUAUUAGAAUUUUGAAUGGAGAAUUAGGGGUUCCCCCCACUGAUAUUUUACAAAAAAAAAUUGUAAUUUAUAUGUUACCCAUUAUCUUCUAGUUCUUUCCUAAUGUCAGAUAGUUACUAAUUGCUUUCUUAAAAAUAUGAAAUAUGCCAGAAUAUAUAUAUAUAUGUUUGUAUAUUUUUAUAACUUUCAGUCCUGUGGGGCUGCUGUCUGUUUAGGAAAGCCUGCACGCCCUUCACUGGCACACAACUCAGGUGCUUAAAUCACAGGGGAGAGGAAGCAGAGCGGGGCCUCUGGGUCACCUGUGUCCUCACGGAGCAUGAAGGGAGACCAUUGCCUGUCUCCUUGCUUGCACAACUGCCUGCUGCUCCUAUAGGAAGACGGUGCAGUUUUCUUGUGCUCUCCUUAAUCCCAAGUAAGGUGUGCUAGAAUGAGUAGGUCGGGAAAGCUGGGGAAUGGUUCAGAAACUUCUGUGGCAUUGCCUCUCUGGUUGGGUAGCCAUAUUGAUUCCUGCACCCAGAGCUGCCACCCCUUCCACACUUCCCUCAGCAUCCAUUGGACAGAAGGAGAAGUGCUGGACAUGGCCUGGCAGCCACUUGGUUUGCAGUAUUAGCCAAUUGCAGGUUAGCCAGUGUUCUCUGAAAAGACAACAAACCAGAGGUUAGUGUGUCCCCUCCCCACUAAGGGGGAGAGUUUAGGGAUUGAGAUGAGUGGCAUCCUGAACCAUGUGCAGUUACGUGCUGAAGAUCAGUACUGAGCGAUGCUUGUCCUGGGCCCGAACUUUCAGGUAGUUUCCUGAUCACUGGUACUUCAGAUAAUAGCACAGAGUCAAACCAGCUGUCAGCUUGGAAUCAGAUCAGUCCCUGUCUUACCUGGUCGACUGCGGCUCCACCUUCCACUGUUGCCUUACAACCUGAUCUUCUGCUUUCAUUUUUUUGACCUAAUAAUUACAGAAAAUGAAAAGUCUGGGCCAGUGUAAAUAAGUGAAACCAAAAAAUAAGAUGAGGAAAUCAAAAUCAAAUGAACACAAAUAGAAUUUCUUGUUCUUCAGUAUCACAGGUUUUUGUUAAUGUUUUAUAAAUAAUUUUCCCCGCUUGAUUUUUCUUUCAUAAAAUCUCAAAAACAGUGCUUAUGAUACAGCCAUUUAAUAUAUGUACAAAUUGUAAAGAAUAUGUAUAAAUAUUUUACACAAAUGUAAGAGCAUGUAGAAUUCAACAUAUAAAUUGUUUAAAAAACUGUACAGUAAAUUCUCAAAGCACCUUUUCAAAAUA